AUGUCCCAAGCCAGCUCUCAUUCGCAAGGGUCACCUUCCAACCAGCAAAACACCUUUCCCUUGCCUCAGUUACCUCAGACAAUUCCCGAGCGGCGCUCUUCGUUACGAAGGAAGCCCGUUGCUGGCAGUACAGACCAACCAAGACCAAAGAAAGACCCUCCGCCAGAGCUGAAGCCAGCACCGCCUACUCAUGGACUACUUUCUAUAAGACCUAAACCUUCUUUAACGGAGAGCAAUACCAAACUCGACUCUGACAGCGACCGCUCAUCAUCGGCAGGUAGCAUUCAGAGUCCCACCUUCCCUCCCCGAACACCGCGACACCAACCACUAGCACCGAACGAUCCCUCUCCUCUGAACCCUCGCUACUAUAUCCCGAGCUCGGACUUCCCCAACGCAGGAGCCACGCCCCCGGUGCAGUCGCCCGGCGCCACUGCGCUGAGGCAUGAACACGUGCUACUCCCUGCUGGCUUCAGACCAGGCAGGACUGAACACACCUACGUCGAGGAGGUCGUGAAGCCAGCAGUAACACACGAAGUUAUCAGGAACAACAGGACAGAGAUCGUGCAAGAAGAAAUCACCCGAGAAAUCCAUGUCCAUCACUACUACACCUACACGCAGCCCAUCAAAGCAGUCGAAAUCCUGCCUGCGCGGCACUUCAUUGUUGACGGACAAACCGGCGAAAAGGUCGAGAUCCCGCCGCCGGAGGGCUGGGUUAUGCCUGCCAACAUGCACCCGUACAAGCCAGAUCUCAGCAAUCUAGCCCCAGAGACACGGCAUUACCUUGUCGAUGACGAGCAUCCCACAGGUGUCCUCGAGCCGGCACCACCGAACGUCCAGGAGCGGGAAUCACAGCCCGAGUUGCGGAGGGAAUCGCAGCCCGAGUUGCGGAAGAAGACGAGCGUGACUGGACGUUGGACUCCGUUUCCGAAAGUGAGGUGA